UUUUAUCUUUUCUACCUUUUCUUCCUUUCUUUUUUUUAACAUGUGUGUUUGGUACUUUGUAAGAACUAAGAUCCACACCUUUACAGUUCAAUGUUGAAAGUUGUUUAAAAUUAGUGAACUUCAAUCCCUAUCAGGAGUAACUCAAUUUGAUUGCAACUUUUCACACAAUUUUCUUUUCUUUUUUAAAUGUUGGAGACUUCUUUACAUAAAAUUGCACUUGUCCAGUCGGACAAGUGGCAAGCAAUAUUCACUUGUCCGUAUAUUUUUUCAACUGGUACCGGACAAGCGGAAUAGCGUUAAUGUCAAGCCCUGUUCCAUGCGCCGCAGAUCCCAUUUAAGGACGAUACACUCGCAAUGGUUCUGCAAUUUGAACUAAUUGAGUUUAAAUUGUUGUUGUAUUACCGAUAGAUCCUUACUUCAUUGAGUGUCUGACAACAUAUUAGUUAGAAUACAGCUUGACGACAACCAAUCUGUUAACACUUCCGUUAUAUUUAACAUAUGAAUACCUGUCACGUUUUUCUUGCUUACCAGGCCGUUUGAAAACAGUAUAAAACUGACUAUCAUUGAAAGACACAUUUAAGGCUUUAAGAUUGACGAGGUCUACAACUCGUGAUAGCAAAAUAGUAUCACAUUGAGAAUAGUUGACUGAUUCCAUUACGGGAAAACGUUACAAUGAUGGCAAUACUAAAUGUCAUCAUUUACUUAGUUGUAUCUAUGUUCUUAUUACCAGGACCGUCUUCUGGCGGAACAUUGGAGCACUACAAUAACCUUUACAACACCACUCUGAAAGGAUACAACAAGGAUUGCAGACCUGUUAAGGUCCAGAGCACGGUCACAUAUGCUUCUUUAUAUUUUUAUUUAAAAUCAAUCGCCGACCUUGACGAGGUUUCGAGCAAGUUGGUCACGGUCGGACUCUUUACCAUCAUCUGGAAGGACGAAAACAUCGUAUGGAAUUCUUCCGACUACGGAGGUACAGAAUUGUUAUACAUUGACGAAUCUUUAAUAUGGAAACCAUCCAUGGCUCUUCUUAACACCAUGUCAACAAAUGUUGGUUUACUCGGUUUCAAGCAAUCUAGAGUACGAUAUUCUCCUUAUGGCUCCGCGCUCUGGAAUAUUGCUGAUCGGUUUCAAACAACCUGCGAAUUUGAUACAACAUACUUUCCUUUUGACAAACAAACUUGCGAAAUGCAAAUUAUGGCAUGGGACUACACCACUGACGUUGUCAUGAUAUAUCCAUUUAACAGUAGUGUGGACUUAACGUAUUAUAGUGAAAACGGAGCUUGGGAGCUGUUGUCUACGACGACCAGAUCUGAGAAGUUGUCGUACUACUCCGUCGCAGUGUUUAGUCUUCACCUGAAGAGACGGCCUUUGUAUUUCGUUAUCUAUAUUCUAAUCCCGUUGUGUACGAUGUUAAUUUUAAACACACUGGUAUUUAUGUUGCCACCAGACAGUGGUGAGCGUGUCGGCUACUCCAUCGAUUGCCUGCUGGCUCUGACUGUGCUUAUCACUCUUGUAUCAGAAGGUCUUCCGCAAAAUUCAAAUCCUAUGCCGGUAAUCGGGUAUGUGCUGACCGUGUUUUUGAUUAUCUCUGCGAUCAUUUGUGUUGAGACGAUAUUUAUCCUACGCCUGCACCACACAGAAGAAAAUAAAGAAAUCCCCCCGUUCUUAAGAAAAAUCUAUAAUAUUCUUAAUUGCGCGACCUGUAAAAAAAGAUCUGGAUCAGUCAGAGCAUAUUCGUCUCACACUGACUUAAAAAAAGUGGAAGAACUGGACAAACAAAAAAAGCCUGAUGUAUUGCCCCUCACAUGGAAGGAACUGUCAUCCUGUUUGGACAGUUUUUGUUUCAUUAGCAGCCUGUUCUCUGUCAUCAUCGUAGGAAUUGUAUUUUUUAUAAUUGUGGCAGUGAAGUCAUAAUUAAGAACAUUCUACAUUUGACAAACUUUUUUUUACACCCGCUUUAAAAAGUAUAAAAAAAAAAUUUACUUCUUGGUGGAAUUGAUCGACCGACCACAAAAUCAAAACUUAGACGAUCACUAUGCUACCCUUAAAGCAGUUUCAUAGGUUGUCUUUUCUAUAUAGGUGGCUUUAAACAUGUUUGUAUUAGAAAAGUCACAAAUUGAAAUAUUUGUUUUAUGUUCAGUACAAAAUGUACGUUACCCACACUUUUUGGGGGUUGUACAACAAUACCCAUAGUCCAUAUUUUUAUCGGAUAUCUUUGGUUUUGAGUAGUUUAAACACUAACACAUCUAACUUUUUAUUGCAUACUAACUAUUUUGCUAUAUAUCCUUUACAAACCUGAAGAUCUUAAUGAUAUGAUAUGUGUGAUAUGAUUAAAAAAAAUUUUAAAUGUCAAA